GGGGGCGCCACUGUAUCUUGCAUUGAAAUCGUGGUCGUCCGCGGAUCGUACAGUCUUUCCGCCCGGUGAUUAAGACGAGAUGGCAGCAGUAAAGCCUGCAAAGAAGUCCGGAAAAAAGGGUCCGAAGAAGGCGGGUAUCAAGAAAAAGCCUGGCGUCAAGAGAGGUCAGCAGAAGUAUGUCGUGGAUUGCGCCCACCCUGUUGAAGAUGGCAUUAUGAAGGUCGCAGAUUUCGAAACUUACUUAAAAAGCCGCAUUAAAGUCAAUGGCAAGACCAAGAACCUCGGCAAAGACAUCACAGUGUAUAAGGAGAAAAACAAAGUGAUCAUCAUUGCGAACAUCCCGUUCUCGAAAAGGUAUUUAAAGUACUUGACGAAGAAGUACUUAAAGAAGAACAACCUUCGGGAUUGGCUGCGAGUGGUAGCUGCGGCAAAGGAUGGCUUUGAACUUCGGUACUAUCAGAUCAACAAUGUAGAUGAUGAUGAUGAUGAUGAUGAUGAAGAGGACGAGUAAGGCCUUGGUCUCCGUUCGCUGCAACGACGUAAAUCGACAUCCGCGAACAUGUCUUUUUGUAACGUAAUAAAACAAGUUUGUCGGCAGAUUAUCGUUGACGUCA